AUGGCACCUCCUCGUCGGGCCAUUGUCAGACGGCGCAGGCGCGAUGCCGAGGAGGCUACCGAAGAUGAGCGCGGAGACUCGCAGAGCGAGGCCUCGUUCUUGAGCGACGAGGACGCCGACGCCGACGCCAGCGACCUCAGCGAGAGCGAGUCUGUCGCCACGAGGAACGGAACCGCGCGACCGCCAAACGGCCAGCCCGCCGCGCCGCCUGCUCCAGCAAGCGCGGGUCCAAUGACCGACACCGAGGCCAUGAUUAACGGGCUAAAGAUAUCGCACGAUGCCGACGCUGUGGACUUUGAGUCGCUGCCCGCCGACGCCCAGGCACCGGACGCGCCUGCCCAAGACACCACCGACGGCACUCAGUCUGCACCCGCGAAGCAGGAGACAUUGGCGGAGCGCCGCCGGCGAGAGCAUGAAGAGUACAAGAAGAAGCGGGACGAGGACCCGGCCUUCAUUCCCAACCGCGGCGCUUUCUUCAUGCACGACCACCGUUCGCAAGGCGCCGGCUCCAACGGCUUCAAGCCGUAUGGCAGAGGCCGAGGCCGUGGACGUGGUGUCGUCGGCGGCCCGUACUCACCUGCAGGCAUCAUGGCCCGCGAGGAGGCCGCGACCAGCGCUCCCUGGACGCACGACCUGCACGAAACCCUCGAGGAGCCCGUCCCUCACCGUUCAUCGAAUCCACCAGUCGAUUCCUCGUCAAACCAUUUUGCCAAUGACUCACAAUUGUCGAAGCCGUCCGCUCCCAACGCCAAGACGCCCCCAGUCAAGUCUUUUUCCUCGACAAAACUGGUGGGCAAUGCCCGGGUACGGCUGUUCAUUCCCGGCAUGCAGGCUCCUAUACACUUUGCCGGUGUGCCGAUCAAGGAAUAUACCAAGCUCCCAAACCACCGGCCGCCGCUUCGUCGAGACAAACCGGUCCGGAUCUCUCUUCCCGACCAACCGCCCCGCUACAUAUUCCCCGCCACAGAACGUUCAUUCAUUUUCAUUCCCCGCGCAUUACGUCCGAAUCAACAGGGCUUUGGCAGAGGCAGGGGGCGUUUUGGCUCGUACGGAGGCUUCUCAAGCAGAAGGACAAGUGCAUAUGGAGGCAGUGUGUAUACACCAAGCGUCAUGAGUCGUCGGUCGUCGCUAGCGCGGGACUACCGUGCGGACGGCAUCGUCUCUCCUGCUGGUUCCAUUAUGUCGAGGCCGCCAGGAGGACCAAUAGACAACCGGCCGGUCGUUCGUCUUCCUCCCGGAAGUCAGCCGUAUCCCGGAUCUGGACCGCCUAGUCAUCCCGCAUCUGUUCAAGGAGGAGCAACGCCUGUGGUUAACAUGCCGCCACCACCGCCACCGGGAGCUCAUAUGCAGCCAAGACCACCGUUUAGGGAGAGCUGGGGCGGGCCUUUGCCUAUGCAUCAGCCCAAGCCUCAGAAGACGGUGUCCGUCGCGGGAAUUGAAUCACCAGCAAAUCUGGCCGUCCAUGCCCCGCAACAGCAAGAACAACAACCGUUUCACCAGCAAGUGCCCCAUCACGUCAACGGAGCGCCGCCACCGAUGUAUCCAUCCAAUGUCUCCACAGGGACGCCGCUAUCAAAUAUCCCGGAGCGCGGAGUUCAGGCACAGGCGUAUCAGACCUUCCCACCCGGCUACAUGCCUCAAGGAUUCGCGCCACCGACAUACUACUAUCCCCCGCCAGCAGGAGCCCCGCAAUACCCCGCAGGAGCAGUGGUUCCGAUGUACAUGCCCAACCCGCAGCCGGGUGCUUACGCAGUGCCCGCUGGCUCAAUGCCUGCUCCCAGUGCGCCGGUCACCACCGCUCAGGGGCAGAUGGUGGCGCACGAACAGAACGGCAUGGUGUACUACUUCGACCCGUCUCAAAUAUACGCGCCUGUCGAAGGAUAUCCGCCAGCAAGCUACACUGUGCCUGGAAUGGGCGGUAUGAUGACCCCCAGCCCGGAUGGGUACUACUACCCACAAAUGCCUCAGGGCGGGAUGGUGUACUAUCCCACUCAAUAA